UCUGCGGCUGGUGGUUGUUCUGUUCCGGCUUCGGAGCGCCGGGUCGGGGCUGAGGGGACGACGAGGAGGCGCGGGCGGAGGCGCCGUCCCCGCGGCCCAGGCGGCUCUGAGGCUCGGCGACGCCGCCCGGGGCCCCGCGCCAGGCCCGGGCCAGGGAGCGCCGCGCCCGGCGCCUCGUCUCCCGCCGCUCCCGGCCCCGCUCCGCCCCCGAGGCCGAUGGCGGCGGCCGCGCGGAGGGAGCCGGCUCAGCAGGGCUGUGUGACCUUUGAAGAUGUGGCCAUAUAUUUUUCCUUGAAAGAAUGGGGUCUCCUUGAUGAGGCUCAGAGACGCCUGUACCGUGAUGUGAUGCUGGAGAACUUGGCACUUAUAACCUCUCUGGGUUGUUGUCAUGAAGCAGAGAACAAGGAGGCUCCUUUUGAGCAGAGUGUUUCUGUACAAAGAGUGUCACAGGUCAGGACUCCCAAAGCAGAUCUGCCUCCCAAGAAGGUGCACCCCUGUGAAAUGUGUGGCCUGAUAUUGAGAGACAUUUUACACUUGGUUGAGCACCAGGAAACACAUGAGAAGCAGAAACUGCACAGGUGUGGGGCAUGUGGGGUACAGUUGUAUGUCAGCACAAAUGUUUGUCAGCAUGAGAAGCAGUGCACUGGGGAGAAACCCUUCAGAAGGCGUGUCAACAGAGCCUCAUUUGUGAAGAACUGCAAAUGCAAUGUGUCAGGGAAGCCAUUUAUCUUCAGGGUAGUUGGGAAGAACUUCUUGGCUAGCUCUGAAUUUCUUCAGCAACAGACUACUGCCAUCAGGGAGAGGUCAAACAGUGAAACCGAGAGCAGAGUGGCCUUUCCGAGGGGAAAAACUAAUAACUGGGGAGAAUGCACGAACACCUUCAGCUGCAAACACACACUUGUUCAGCAUCAGAGAUUCCUCACUAGGGAAAGAUGUUUUAUGUGGAAUGAAUGUGGGAAGUUUUUUAGCAGAAGCUAUAGCCUCAGUCAACCUCAGAGAGUGUAUACUGGAGAAAGAAUUUUUGACUCUGAAGAAUGUGGAAUAUUACUUAAAAAGUCUCACCUUGUUGAACACCAGAAAAGUAACAUCAGAGAUAGGCCUUAUGAGUGUACAGAGUGUGGGAAAUCAUUUACCCGAAGCUCCAACCUCAUUACACAUUGGAGAGUUCACACUGGAGAAAGACCUUAUGAUUGUGAAGAAUGUGGGAAAUCCUUUAGCCGGAAAUCCAACCUUAUUGUUCACCAUAGAGUUCACACCAGAGAAAGACCAUAUGAAUGUACGGAAUGUGGGAAAUCCUUUGUCCAAAGCUCUACGCUUCUUCAACAUUGGAGAAUUCAUACUGGAGAAAGGCCUUAUGAUUGCAGUGAAUGUGGGAAAUCUUUUACCCGAUUCUUUGCACUCCAUCAACAUCAGAGGGUUCACACUGGAUCAAGACCUUAUGAGUGCAUUGAAUGUGGAAAAUCUUUUGCUGAAAACUCCAGACUCAUCAAACACAGGAGAGUUCACACUGGAGAAAGGCCUUAUGAGUGCAGUGAAUGUGACAAAGCAUUUUGCCAAAGUUCUUCACUUCUUCGACAUCAGAGAGUUCACACUGGAGAAAGGCCUUAUGAGUGUGGGGAGUGUGGGAAAUCCUUUGGGCAAAAGACAACCCUCAUUCAGCAUUGGAGUGUUCACAGUACGGAAAGACCUUAUAAAUGUGGGGAAUGUGGGAAAUCCUUUAGGCGAAAGUCUGAGCUCAUUCAACACUGGAGAGUUCACAGUGGAGAAAGGCCAUAUGAGUGUGGGGAAUGUAGGAAAUCAUUUAGCCAAAAGUCCAAUCUCACUAUGCACCGGAUAGUUCACACCAGAGAAAGGCCGUAUAAAUGUAAUGAAUGUGGGAAAUCAUUUAGCCAAAACUCGACGUUCCAAAAACAUCAAAGAAUUCACACUGGAGAAAGGCCUUAUGAGUGCAGUGAGUGUGGGAAAACUUUUAGCCAAAGCUCUGCCCUCUGUCAACAUCAGAGACUUCACACUGGAUCAAAGCCUUAUGAGUGUAUUGAAUGUGGGAAAUCCUUUGUUGAAAACUCCAGACUUAUUAAACAUAAGAGAGUUCACACUGGAGAAAGGCCUUACGUGUGCAGUGAAUGUGGGAAGUCCUUUGCAGACAACUCCAACUUCAUUGUACACAGGCGAAUUCACACUGGAGAAAGGCCUUAUGAAUGCAGCCAAUGUGGGAAAGCAUUUGGCCAAAGUUCUUCACUCCUUCAACAUGAGAGAGUUCACUCUGGAGAAAGGCCAUAUAAGUGCAGUGAAUGUGGAAGAUGCUUUGCCAAAAACUCCAGUGUCAUUAAACACAAGGAGCAUUCACACUGCAGAAAGUCCUUAUAACGUAGCAAAUGUUGAAAAUCCUUUACGUAAAACACCCAUCUCAUAAAACAUCAUAAUGCUCACAGUGAAUAACGGCCUUAUGGAUAUGGUGCAUGUGGAAAAUCCUUUAGCUGAAACUCUAGCCUCAUUGCAUACACACUGGAGGGUUCACACUAGGGGAAGGCUUAGGAGUACAAUGAAUGUGAGAAACCCUUCAGUCUAAUCUCAUUGGAUACCACAAAGUUCACAUCAGGAAAAUGAUAAGGUGCAGGAAAUGUGUUGUUUCUUCUUAAGUAUAAUGACACUGGGAAGAUCCCUUAUGAGGGUGCUGUCUAUGUCUUAUUAAACUUUGUGAUCCUGAUAAAUCAUGGAAAUUCCUGUUAUGUGGGAGCUGCCUUGCACCUUUAAUUUGCCAAGGGUCCUUACCAGGUUUAUGUCACUGCCAGUUCUAUAGCAAAAGCCAUCUAAGCUCUAUCACUUUUCAGGUGCUCAUGGUGUGCAUCGUUGACCCUCCCCAGUGUGUCCAGGGAAGCAAACUCUGUUCUUACGUUUGCAGGAGGCAUUUGUAAGAAAGCUGAAUCUUUAUUCCUUUCUGUAAUUACUUUCACUGAUGAGUUACGUGACUGAGCUGACCAGUUUUUGGCCCAGAGGACUCUGCUGGUGACUUAAAAACAUAGACUGCCUUUUCCAGGGAUAUUGUUGAUCCCAUGUGACUCUGAUGGAAUUUCCUGCCCUUCAAGUUUCCAGCCCAGGAGCAGCCUGCCUCCCAUUGCUCUUUGUGUGAAAAUGAAGGCCUUAUUGUUUAAGCCACCAUUCAUCUGGGGGUUCUAGUUAGUGUAUGUGGUGGUUUGAAAAUAGCUGUGUUCUGCUAAUGUGAGGGAUUGAACAGCUUUGAUUGGGAUCCCAAUCUUUCUGUGUCUCAGAGGGACAGUAUGAUGGCAGAAUGUGCUUUCCUCUCCAGUUUUGCCCGAGUUUGCCUUGCUGCCCAAGACCUCCAAGAAAAGAGUGCAGGGAUUUGUGGACCUAAUUGUAGCAUGGAUGCCGUGGUAUUUUGUGGUUCAGAGGUCAGUCUGUGGAGGGUCAGCUGAGAUAACCUUUGGUGCUUGUGAGAGCAACAUGAAAUUGUUCUGUUCACAGGGGAUGUUGCAUUGUGCUCAGUGCUGCUGAGGGCAGUCUGUUCCCAGGUCCUGCAGCAGAGCCAUGUGCUCUGAUGUCAUGAAUUCCCCAGAGUGGCAUCACAGGUUAUAGGAUUGUGUGGGCAGGGGAAUCAUACUUAUUACAGAAACACUGGAUUUGUAUGGAGGGGAAGAGACUGCUCCAAACUGGUUGGGAUUUGCCACUUUUAAAGGGGCACCUAGAAGGUUCCAGUCAUUAUGGCUGUGAAGGAUGAGCGGGCUCAAAUUCUCAUGACCUGGAGAAGUGAGUAUUUUGUGUAGCUGAGGUCAUGGUGAGAGGAAAACAUGUAAAUACUUUGUGGAUUCCUGUAGCCUCUCUGGGCUAUUCACCUUAAGGCUAUUGCUGUGGAGGAAAUUGAGACGAGAGAGGCCAGCUCUGUGGCCUUUGUGCCCCAGCCUGCAUUCCUGUUGAAUCUGGUGGAAAUGACCUCACGGGUCUCCAGUAUUUGCCAGCACUGUGGCAAGGCAUCCCUCCCAUGGUGUGAGGAAGGAGAUGGUGGGGUCAAUAGAGGUUUAUCAGACUGGCUUUCCAAAAUUGUAGGAGAUCCAGAUUUUCAUGUUGAACUGUAUUUUUAGUUCUCUAAUAAGAUAUAAAUGAUUUGCAAUAAGCUGCUUAUAUUUAACCUGUACUGUUUGAUAAGUUUUGACAUUCAUGUAAACCCAUAAAACCAUUUAAUCAUGAUGAUGAAGGUCUCCAGCUCUUAUUUACCUCGGGCCCUUUACUAAUGUCUGUCUCUCUCUUCUGUCUACCUUCCAGGUAACCAUUGAUGUAUUUUGUUUUACAAUUAGUUUGUCUUUUCCAGAAUUCUAUAUGAUUCUCCUCAUAAAGGGUUACUCUUUUUUUUUUCCCUGAGUAGCCUCGUGUGACUUCUUCAUUUUGAGAUUCAUCAAUGAUGCUUAUAUGAGUAUGAGUAGUUCCUUCUUUUUAUAUUGUGGGAAGUAUGAUGUUCUGUGGAUGUACCACUGUUUAUUUAUUCUUCCGUUUGCAUAUUUGAAUUGUUUCCAGUUUUUGACUGUUGGAAAUAAAACCACUGAGAUGUG